AGGUCUAACAUCAUCAGGCAACAUGAAGAUUGUUAUCCUCGCCGUCGUUGUGGCCGUGGCCAGCGCCGCCCCCCAGUACGCCGCCCCUCAGGCACCUACUCGCUAUUCAGAGUCAAGUGAAGAGGUGGCCAUUCUGAGGCACGAUUUUGUACCUGGGGACGCCGGCGCUUACAAGCUUGAUGUGGAGACUGCCAACGGCAUCGUUGUAUCCCAGGCUGGCGCUCCCAGUGGCCCAGAGGGCGCUGUGGUCAAGACCGGACAGUAUUCCUACACUGCUCCUGACGGCACUCCCGUCGUUGUUAAGUUCGUCGCCGACGAGAACGGCUACCAGCCCCAGUCUGACCUGCUGCCAGUGGCUCCUGAGUUCCCCCACCCAAUCCCCCAGUUCGUGCUGGACCAGAUCGCCUUCGCCGCUCAGGAAGACGCUGCCGCCGCUCGCGGCAAGUCGGGUCCCUCUGCCAGCUACGGUGUUCCACAGUAAACAUAACUCUUAAAUUAUGAAGCGUCAUCCACCUAAUGUGUCAUCUGUUAAAGUUGUAUUUAUUAAAACAAAGAUGUUUAAUCAUUUCUAUUUCAAAAAUUAAACUGUAUGCACGUAAA